AUGUUCCAUCCGUUCCAGUGUAUCGUCACGCUCCAGCAGCGAUACUUUGUGGCCGCAUGUGGUCCGAGACUGACAUCUGUUGACCUCGAGACCGGCAGGUUAGUGUGUGAAUGGCCGUCAAACCAAGAUGUCAGCGUAGCGACAACAGAAAGCAAUGGCAAGGCAAAGGACUUGGACUUGGACCAGCCGCCUUCGAAAAAGCAGAAGGUAGAUGAUACCGGCAAAGACGACGAGGGCCAAGCUCCUGCUCAGAAGCAGAAACCCUCGACACCUGCCAAAGCGCCUAGUAUUAUCAAGCUUGCCGCCUCCCACCAGGGGGAUUUCCUGGUUGUCAUCACGGAAGACAAAUGUGUCCACGUUUUCGCACACAGCGAAGGACAGCUAGUGGAACUCAGCCAACGAAUCAUGCCCAAGCGACCAUGUGCGGUUCAAAUUCUGCCAGACAAUGCAACAAUCCUGGUGGCCGACAAGUUCGGAGAUGUGUACUCGCUACCACUCAUACCAACGGCUGCCGACAGUGGCGAUGCAAAUGCUGGCGCCCAAGACACAGCGUCAGAAGCCGGAAAUCUCUUCAAGCCGAGUGCGGACUUGACCACCAUUCACAGCAAGCGCAACCGCCAGGUUCUGGAAGCACAAAUGAAGCAGAAGAACUUCACGAAGAAGAAAGAUCCACUAAAGUUCGAGCACAAGAUCUUGAUCGGACAUGUCUCCAUGCUUACAGACAUGCGGUACAUGAGCGAAGCAAGUGCACCCCAGAGAGGAUACAUCGUCACAGCUGAUCGAGACGAGCACAUCCGCGUGUCGAGGGGCCCGCCGCAAUCCCAUGUCAUUGAGGGCUUCUGCCUGGGACACACCGAGUUCGUGAGCAAAGUCCGCCAACUAGGCAAUGGUUCCUCUAUACUGGUCAGUGGUGGUGGCGACGAUUGGCUGGGUGUCUGGGACUGGACGAGAUCUGAGCUGCUUAGAAAGCUGCACUUCAAGCCUUUCUUACAAUCUCCUCCGGAGAAGAUCGCUGUGUCUGGAAUGUGGAACGUUAGUAUCGCAACGGGCGACGACACAAGGACUCCAGUGGUCGUCGUGGCGCUCGAGGGAAUCAAAACACUGCUUCUCGUUGGUGUUUUCGGGCCACUGAACGUCGAGACUGAUGACGAAGUCUCUGCGUUACGUUUCGCGGCGAUAGAACUUACGCACAAUCCGAUCGACGUUGUGUCAACACAUGAUGAUACUCUCAUCGUGGCUUUGGACAACCGAAAUAGCGGGGGGAAGUUCGCUUUGUUGACUAUGAGGAUGUACAUCGAUAAUGCGGAGAUGGACGUCGCUGGCCACAAGAACGGGCAGGAUCCUCGGAUCCAGGCGCUCUACACGACACAGCGACAUGCUCCAAUCGAGGCAGAUGCCAAGGACCUGGAUACACUGCUGUACGGGGUCUCCAAUCUGCGCAAGAGGAGAGACUUGGCUGAUGGCGAGGCAAAUGGGGACGAAAAUGACGAGAGUGUACUUGAGCCGGAACCUGCAGAAGAAUAG